AUGGUAAUCUAUCACAAUGGACAACUCCAUCGUUCCAACCCAUCGAAACCCGGGAAGGAUUCACAUAAGGACGUUCCUAAUAAUCUCAUGAUGCAGAAAAUAAUGGAAAAGUUAAAAGAAGCAGACAGAGAUAAAGAUGGUUGCUACAACAAGGAUGAACUCAAGCAUGCUCUCAGAGAAUUGGGUGCCUUCUUCCCUGGUUGGAGAGCCAACCGUGCUCUCGAAAAAUUUGAUGCCAACAACGACGGUCAAAUUAGUGGCCAGGAAAUCGACGAUCUCAUUGAGUAUCUUCGUUCUCGCGGGUUUGGAAAAUAA